AUGGUUUUUAUUACUUUAUCAAAGAUUAAGCUCUUCCUCUCGACGUUUUUGUUGUUUUAUGUCACCUAUUUAUACACAUACAAGUGUGAAAAGUUGGCCGAAUCUCCAUUAGAACAUGGAGUUCAACAAGUCUUCCAUCCUUUGAGUCACUCUCAUAACGUCUUUUGUGAUGCAUUGAGCAAGUUUGAGAAGUUUUCCACACCAUAUGUUGAAUCUGGUCAUGCCUUUUUGGAUAAGAAUGUUCAUUCUCACCAUUUAUUCAUUGAAUAUAAGAUUGGUGAGAAAUUACAAGUCGCUAAAGAAAAGUACUAUCAGUUUGUUUAUCCAGUGCUCUUGAAGAUCUUCGAAUACUUUGAAGUAGUUGAGUACCACGUAAGUGAGCAUGUGAUAGAAACUUACGGAAAAUUAAAGGCUCUUUAUGAAGAAAAAGUAGCCAAAUGA